AUGGGAUGGAGCCGCGCGCUGGCCGUCUGUCAGCGGGCGUUGGCGUCGGCGGCCGAUCGGGCGGAGCUGGCGUCGGCGUCGAGGGUCGUGGGCCGCCAGAGCUGCCCGGGCGCGGCAGGGGGCGCGCAUCUCGAGCGAGUUGACAACUUUGCCUCGCUCUCGCUGGAUCGCGACACCACCGAGCGGAUGAAGGGUGACACGGUCGCAGAGCUGCGCGAGAGCGGCCUCCCAGUCCACGAGGGGGAGAGCGCGGCGCCCCACGCGCAGCUGCUGGGCUGGGUCAUUGAUGGCGAGCGCGGGUCCGUCUCUCCGACGCCUCGGAGGGCGCGGCGUUUGAUCUUCGCCGCGCGGGCGCUCUUGGCAAUGCCGAAGGUCUCGGCCCAGCAGGCCGGGGAGGCGCCGCGCCAACGGUGGCCUGGCGCGCGCCGCGAGCUGCCGUGGGCCACGGGCAUCGCGCCGCUGGCCGCAGCGGACCUGCGCGCGGACUGGCUGGGCCGAGUCUCUCGCGCGGACGCCUCCGAGUGGGGCCGAGGAGUGCGGGGGCGUGACUUUGACAGAUGUGCGGUUCAGAAGCUCGGGGGAGUUCAUGGGCGCCGGCGCUUCCGAGACCCCAGCGCGAGAGCCCCCAGGGAAGAGGUCCUCGUGCCCUUGGAGCUUUACGAGAGCCUCAUCGAUGUCGAGCCGCUCCCGAAGUCCAACGUCCUCGCUAGCUCGUCGGCUUCUGCGGGGCCCGCCGACCUCGCGGGGCCCUCAGCGCAGCAGCGGCCCACAGGGUUCGAGCCGUUGGAGUGGGCCGCCCUUGCCGUUGCGGGCGGCAUCAGCGCGGUGCUGCGUUGGAUGCCCUCGGAGGCGAACCCAGCGGACCUGCCGUCUCGUCGCGCCCUUCGCAUUGGUGCCCAGCCCCAGUGGGGCGCCGUCGCCAGUCUGGCCGCCGCGCAGGGGUCUGGCCACGCGAGCGGCGGUAGCCCAGAGCCAGGCUGCGAGGCCGCGGGCGCCGCUGGUGGCGGCCCCCCUGGCGAGGGCUGGAACCCCGAGCGGGGCGCGUACAUGCUGGCGGAGUUGAAGGUCAUGCUGCCGCAGUUCUCGCGCGGGGGGCUCGGGCUGCCGCAGGCCCUGCAGGCCCCUCGGGGCUGGCGGAGGCGGGUGCCCGCCCGCGCCAGGCCCCCGCUGCCGUUGGAGAUCGUGGCGCUGAUCGCGGCGAGGCUGAUCGACAUUGGCCAGCUGCGGGCAGCGAUCUACGUGCUGGCGACCUCCGCAAGCUACCUGCGGCCGUCGACGCGCCGUUCCACGGGUUCGUGCCAGCGGCCCUUCGCUUGA